UCAUCUCCCUUUCCCAUACUACACUCUUUCCCUCCUUCCUCCCCCACAACAAGACAACAUGGCGAACUCAGCAUCUGGAAUGACCGUGAGAGAUGAAUGUAAGUUGAAGUUCUUAGAGCUGAAAGCAAAGAGAAACUACAGGUUCAUCAUCUUCAAGAUUGAACAACAGGAAAUUGUGGUAGAGAAACUCGGAAAACCUGAAGAAACAUACGAGGAUUUCACUGGAUCUCUCCCUGCCGAUGAGUGUCGCUAUGCUGUCUUUGAUUUUGACUUCAUCACUGAUGAGAAUUGCCAGAAGAGCAAGAUUUUCUUCAUUGCAUGGUCGCCCGAGACAUCAAAGGUGAGGGGGAAGAUGGUGUAUGCGAGCUCGAAGGAUAGGUUCAAGAGAGAGCUAGAUGGCAUUCAAUUUGAGUUGCAGGCAACCGAUCCGAGUGAGAUGAGCUUUGACAUUGUCAAGGCACGGGCAUUUUAGAUGCCGACAAGAAGAAGCUGUCUGUGGCUCGUUUGUGUUUGGUCCAAGUUCAUGUGGGAUGGUUUGUUAUUGAACGAACAAUACACAUCUUCUAGAGAAGCUUUUGUAUUUUUUUUUUUUAAUUAUUUAUUAUUUUAUUUAUAACUCAAAUAUACGUGUAGCCCUUUCAUAUUUGGAUGUUUUGGGAAGUAUUUUAUAGCAUGGUUUGUACUUUGUAGUGUUAUGAAAUACUU